AUGCCUUACAUGAUACUUUCAUUAUACAGGGUAGAGUAUUUAAGUCUGACUGAAUCACAAGGAAUGUUCCACUUUAUUUCUUUUGUUUUAACAGGACACAUCUUGUUGACGACCUUGACAGGAUUACAUGAUGCUGAGGCUUCGCGAGAGCUGGAUCUGUGGAACUUGGGCGACGAGAUGAGGCUCCCUCCAAGCGCCGAGGAGAUGAUCUGGUUGGAUGUUGAGUCUCUUCCAAACAAAGAGCUGCGCGUGUUAUUCACUGAGCUCUCCGAUGGAUUUCCGCCGCCUGAGUUUGCAGCGGCUAUUACAACGAUUCUCUACAUACGACGACAGACAAGCGUGGAAUAUGAGCAAAAACAGGAAGGUACUGAAUGUAUGUGGCAAAGAAAUGUGAAUAACUCUGCCAAUAUUGGAUAUUUCCGGCUGGGGAAAUCAGCUCGGAAAGCCGAAUCCAACGGUCCUAGUAUUGAUGGGGGUCGAUGGUCGGUUGUUGAAUGGUCUGCCAGGCGGAGGCAGGAAGGUAUUGGAAUGUAUGUGGCAAAGAUGAAAAUCUAUGCCAGUAUUGAAUAUUUCCAGCCGUGGAUAGGACCAUUGAACAAGACAUAG